CUGCGCUUGUUCGGCGCUACCAGCUGCGCUAUCAUGCCGAAGGCUUUUCCGAUGGAGGCCGCAAGCCUCCCCGCCUGCGGCAUGAAGUCCUUCGGGGUCUCCAUGGAGCACGCGGGCCACACCAACGACGUGAUGGUUGCGGCCUGGGACAAGGCGAAGCCAUUGCCGACCUUCGAAGUUCUUGCGAAGCCCGAGGUGGUGGGCGACGUAGACAGAGCGGGCGCCGCGACCUUCUGGGACUUCCCCAUCAAGCAGUGGAGCUUCUCUGCCAGGCGCCCUAUCAAGGGCCAAAGCGACGUCCCCUGCGCGAUGAGCAUGCACGUGUCGAAGUCCUUGCCAGAUGGCCACUACUUGGUCGUGAAGGUCUUCACGUUUCUUGGCGGCGGUGAGCCGAUGGCGGCGGUCCGCGACAAGUUAGUCGAGGGCGAGCCAUGCGUCUUGGACUACCGCCCCGAUACGUUCAACACAGUCCGCACGCUGCAGGUCGCCGACAAGAAGGCCGCCUUGGACCGAGCAUGGGACUACGUGCAGGCGGAGGCCCCUCGCGGCAACUUCGACGGCCAGAGGCUCCUGUGGGUGGAGCACCAGUUCGUGGACCCCGAUUCCCCCCUCUACAACAUGAAGCGGGAGUUCGUAAACAGCUUGCUCAAGUGCAUCGCCGACCGCGACCAUUUCGCUGUCAAGGAGGAGUACUAUCCGUUGCUCAAGCCCGACAUUCGCGACGAGUACCAACCCAUGACGAACAAGAUACUGCAGACCCUCUCGGGCAACACGCUGCUUACCAUCGGGGAGGCCGGCUUCGGCAAUACCCCCGACAUGUAUAUCCUGGCGAUGGCGAUGGCCAGGUAUCACGCGGACGCAGCCAACGACCGUCGCCCAGGCCGCGCCCAGGCCGCCGUUCGCGUGUCUGCAGAGAUUAAAUUCUUUCGCGGAGAGGUCGGGGAGCCCGGGGCCCCCUGCAUCUUCGACGAUGGCGACCUCGCUGACCAGCGCCCUCGCGUUCUCAAAGCGUUUUUCGAUCCCACGCAAGCCGAGUCCAUGACGUACGUGCGUUGGGGGACCGCGAAGUUCGUGCGCGGCCAAGCGAGGUUCGGCGGGGGCAACGAAUACAAUGCCAGUGCAGAACCGAGCGCAGAGGAAUGGGCAUUUGCGAGCACCUCCCCCGAUGCAGCGAAGAGGACCACGGCAUUCUUUCUUGAGAUGAUCCGCCCUGCGUUCCCGAAGGGCAUGUCAGAGAGCAACCUUGGGGCGAUGCUCGAGCGAUGCAACGUCGGGCUGAACACCAAGGUCUCGUUCUUCUACAGGCCUGCCGGCAAGGACUCGGCCGUCGAGAAGCUGCCCCUCAUGGCCAGCUACAUCAAGCCCGAGGCAGGCAACAUCUUAAUGCAGUACCUCAAGCACAAGAAGUGCCGCGACAAGGAGGAGCAUGAUAGACUCCUCGCCUUCGAGAAGAGGGACAUGCUCCAGCUCAUGGCCGAGUCGCGCGCAGCAGCAGUCGCGGGCGACAGCGGCGGGGGCGCCGCCGCCGCCGCUGCCGCGAGCAGCGGCCCCGCCAGUGCCGCGGCGCCGCGGGCUGCGGACACGGCGAGCGCAGAGGAGGCCGCGCCUGCGGGGCGCCCCUACGAGGACGAGGAGGACGUCUUUGGAUUCGGUGGCGGCAUGAGCCAGCAUGAGCCGACGCCCCCCAGGCAGUUGACGGCGGCGCGGGGCGCCCUCGUGAAAGGGGCGAUCGCCUCCGAGGAGCAGCGGGCCAUCUUCGCUUCCAUCGUCGCAGAAGCGGACGGGGAGACAUUGACUGUGGACGACGGUGGCCUCGACGUGGAGGCCGAGAUGGAGGCGAUGCUCGACGCCGACGAGGCGGCGCGGGCUGACGGCUCCGCAAGGAAUCCUGCUGGCCAGACGGAGUGA